AUGUUCUGUUUAAGGCCCAUCAGUAGCUGGACUACCCUUUUCAUUCUUUCCUUUACAGUAUCAGUACUAGCGGACUGCAAGAACAAGCCUGGUUCAGCUGGCUGGCCCAGCCCCGAGCAAUGGACAUCCCUAAAUUCCACUCUGCAGGGCAAGCUACUCAAGGCGCUACCUCCAGGAGGUGUUUGUCAUCAGGACCAGCCAAACUACAAUGAGGGUGCAUGCAAAGCCACUCUUGGUGCUUGGCUCACGGAAGACUUCCACGCUCAAAAUCCCUUCUCAUUUGAUUACAACGACGAUACUUGCUUUCCAGACGCCAGAGCCAACUGCUCCUUGGAGGGCUAUCCCAACUACGUCGUCGACGCUCGAACAUCGUCAGAUAUCGAGGCGACCGUCAAGUUCGCGCAGGAAUACAACAUUCGGGUGGUCGUGAAAGCGACCGGACAUGAUUACAAUUUCAGAUCCAACGCUCCCAACUCCCUGCGCAUCUGGACUCACAACAUGAAAAGCACCGUCUUCCACCAAUCAUUCACACCCGCCGGUUCUACCGGCGCCUCAAACUCGUCCUCCGGCUCCUCCGCCAUGACCCUCUCCGCCGGCACACAAUGGGGCGAAGCCUACAAAGCCGCGUCAGAAAACAACGUGGAGGUAGUAGGCGGCUCCAACCCAUCCGUGGGCAUCGGCGGGCUCAUCCUCGGCGGCGGCCACGGACCGCUCACGGCGCAGAAAGGGCUCGCUGCGGACCAAGCCCUCGAGUUCAAUGUCGUGACCCCGGACGGCACGCCGCGAGUCUGCAACGAAUUCCAGAACACGGAUCUCUUCUGGGCGCUCCGCGGCGGCGGCGGAUCCACCUUCGCAGUCGUCGUUGAUGUGACGGUGCGCGCGUACCCAAUGGAGCCCGUCACGACGUGGGGGUUCCAGACGAAUAGCACGAAUAACAGCGCGCUGUGGGACGCGAGCACUUACUUCCACACGCAGCUCGUGCAGCUGAAUGAGGCGGGUUUGACAUGCUACUAUUACAUCAAGCCCAGCGUUGGGGGGGACAUCGGCUCGCUUUACGGCAUCUUCGUCUCCUUUGGCGCUGUCAAUGCCACUGAGCUGGUGCAGCCGUUGCAGGCUGGCAUGCGGAAUGGCUCGUGGAGCGCGCAGAAUCUCACCACGCCUUUUGGUGGUAUUCCCAACCAAUACCCGAACCUCUACGCCUACACGGUUGGUGCCAAUACCGCAGAAGCCGUCGGCAACGAUGGCAGACUAGGUUCCCGACUACUCACGGAAGAAGCUCUGACCUCCGACCCAGCUAAGCUGCGCAUAGCGCUAGAGCAGAGCACGCCGCCGGGGAAUGUGCUGUUUGGGCAUUUGACGGCUGGGAAGGGCGUGCGAGAGGCAAGGCCCGCUGGGGGCGGUAAUGCCGUUCUGCCGGCGUGGAGAUUCAGCUAUGUGCAUGCCGCCAUGUCCGCGCCGUGGAGCCUCCUCAACAGCACCGCCGCAACCGCAGCCAUCCAAUCGAAUCUCCGCGACACGCGCGUGGCAGGGCUGCGCGAGCUCGCGCCAAACACCGGAGCAUACAUGAGCGAGGGCGAUCCCACAGAAGCGAACUGGCAGCAAGUCUUCUGGGGCGACAACUACCCCACUCUCCUCAACCUGAAGAAAAAGUACGAUCCCAACGCUCUGUUUUACUGCGUCCCGUGUGUGGGGUCGGAGCUGUACGUCGAACAGGACGGCGUGGUGUGUACGAAAGACGGGUCGAGAUUUGCUGCUGGAAACGGGACGGUGAGCGUGGGGAAUGGAACGAUGAGUGCCGGUAACAAUGAGACCGUGUCAGCUGCAGGAGAUGGAGUUGGUGCAAGCGCGGCGAAUGAUACGGCGUUGUUGUCUGGAAGUGCAAGGGCUAGUUCUAGUCAGAGUGGAGUGCCUAAGUCUUCAACUCGGGGUUGGGAGCAGGCGCAGAGAUUGUUUGAAUGA